UCCUUUUCGACCCUUUCAAAAUAUCUCACUGUCAUCAUCAUCAUUGGGAAACGGCUUUGCUUGGACGGGACUAAUUAUUUUAAAAUUGGAGGAGGAGUGAUUAAAUCGAAAAGAUCAAACGACCGACACAAUAACGACAGGGCCCUUUGGACACUGAGCACCCUUGGGCCUGUCUGUCAAGUAGACAUGUUUCAAACUGUCCCUGACACGUCGUCUUACGUAAAGGUAAGACACCACCGUCUCUUCGACCAGGAGGCGCUAUCAGUGGUGAGUGAAGACCAGUCCUUAUUUGAGCCUCCAUACGCUGCUGCUGCCCCGCUCCCUAAGACAGACAUGACUGCAUCUGGCACACAGGACUACGGCCAGACCCACAAAAUCAACCCCUUACCCCCACAGCAGGAGUGGAUCAACCAGCCAGUGCGGGUCAACGUCAAGAGAGAAUAUGAGCACAUGAAUGGAUCCAGCAGGGAGUCUCCGGUGGACUGCAGUGUGGGUAAAUGUAAUAAGCUGGUGGGGGGUAAUGACACAUCUCAGAUGAACUAUGGAAACUACAUGGAUGAGAAGAACGCCCCUCCCCCCAACAUGACCACCAAUGAGCGAAGAGUCAUUGUACCUGCAGACCCAUCAUUGUGGUCCCAGGACCAUGUGCGUCAGUGGCUAGAGUGGGCUAUCAAGGAGUACGGCCUGUUAGAGAUCGACACGGCCAUGUUUCAGAACACAGACGGCAAAGAGCUCUGCAAGAUGAGCAAGGACGACUUCCUCCGGCUCACCACCAUGUACAACGCCGAAGUGCUUCUCUCUCAUCUCAAUUACCUCAGGGAAAGUAGCUCAUCAUUAUCCUACAAUACGCCAUCUCACACAGACCCAUCCCCUCGCCUAGCUGCCAAAGAGGACCCUUCAUAUGAUGCUGUACGGCGGACAGGAUGGUCAAACAAUAUGCACAGUGGCAAAGGCUCACCAGUGGUAACUCAGAAUGUGACCAAGUCCACUGAGCAGCCCAGACCUCAGCCAGAUCCUUACCAGAUUCUGGGUCCCACCAGUAGUCGCCUAGCCAAUCCAGGGUCAGGUCAGAUCCAACUGUGGCAGUUCCUCCUGGAGCUCCUGUCUGACAGCGCCAAUGCUGGCUGUAUCACCUGGGAGGGCACCAAUGGCGAGUUCAAGAUGACAGACCCAGAUGAGGUGGCGCGGCGCUGGGGCGAGCGUAAGAGCAAGCCCAACAUGAACUACGACAAGCUGAGCCGUGCGCUGCGCUACUACUAUGACAAAAAUAUCAUGACCAAGGUGCACGGCAAGCGCUACGCCUACAAGUUCGACUUCCACGGCAUUGCUCAGGCGCUGCAGCCUCACCCCACUGAGUCCUCCAUGUAUAAGUACCCCUCGGACCUAGCCUAUGUGCCUUCCUACCACGCCCACCAGCAGAAGGUCAACUUUGUAUCCCCCCACCCUCCGUCCAUGCCAGUCACCUCCUCUAACUUCUUUGGACCCACUGCUCCAUACUGGAGCUCGCCCACUGCAGGCAUCUACCCCAACCCAAAUGUUCCCCGCCACCCUAACACCCAUGUGCCGUCCCACCUGGGCAGUUACUAUUAAACACCUCUAUCUGACCAUCCACUACCCUCGAAAACCUCCCCUCUUCCACAACAAAGUCCACAAUUGCUGACCUGCACUCCCAAUGACGCCGAAGCAAUGAAGACUAAGUCGAUAGAGGCCUUUGUCCUCUGAAGAAAUUUUGCUCAUGAAUGAAGGAUGAUAAAAUUGAAGGAUAUUAUUUUAUAUUUGUAAAAAUUUAUAAACAACUGGAUGCUAUGGUCCAAAAUGGAAUACUACUUACUUUACAAGACUAGCAACUGUUUGUUUAUGUUUUGGACGUGCGUCUGAGUUUCCUGUGCCUUUCUCUUUCCCAUCCUCCUGAGAUCUGCAACUACAGGCCAGUUGGUGUCCCUUCCAAAACCUUCCCAAACCAAAGCCUAAGGACAGGAGAGCAACCCGAGUCUUUCUUCCUCCUCGCCCCACUACCAGACAUGGGCCUAUUAUUUAUGGGUCUCAAUCUACAUCCUCCUCAGUACAUUAUGUACAUUAUGCUUUAAAGCAUCUGCCCUUUCCGCUGUCUACAGCCUUGUCGGGGUUUCUUAUUCCCAACACAUCUAGCCUUCUGUUUCCACUGUCUCAGUCUGCUCGUCUGUCCAUCUGCAUCUUUUUAUGUGUGUGUGGAGAGUCUUCUGGAAUUCGCUGGACAAGAAGGAGCUCUCAAACAGAUGGACUUUUCUCAGCACUGAAUGAAAUUUGGCAACUGGAAUAUGCCAUUCACGAUUUAAUUUAUCCUCCAAACUGGAAGGCUAGAGAAGAGUUAAAUACCAGAGAAGAAAGCGCUGUAUGUUUUGCUGACCUGUGUCAACUCAGUUACUUAAAAUGCUUUCUGUGUUGUGUGUGGAGUUCAAGAUGGGCAAUGUAUACAGUUGACUCUGUUGUGCUGAGGAAGCUGAGUCAAGAUGUAAUUGAAGUAAUUUGCAACAAUAAUUCAACCCAGGUCAGAUGUUUUCAGGGGGCCACACACUAGGCUAUUAAAUGUUUGCCAUGUUGUUGCCUUUCAGUCAUUUCCAGAUGUUUUGUUGCUCGACCAUGUCAGUAUUAAUGUGAAUGUCGUCUGGUUUGUGAAACACGUGUAAAAAGGAUAUCCUAGAGCAAAAUCAAAAUUUGUCAGAUGUUUUCAUUUUGUAAACAUUUAAUGAAAAAAUUCAUUCCUUAACACCACAUUUGCUGCACACAAAAAUGUCUAAAUUUAAAACAUAAAAUGCCUAUUUCCAAAUGUAAUGUAAUGUAGAUGUCUACAUAACAAGAUGUUGUUUAGUGGAUGUUUCUUUUAUCCAAAGUGCCUUACAGUGCCACAAGCGCAUCUAGUUUUACUAUGUGCCAAAAUGAGAAUCAAAGCCUGACCCUCACAAUGUUAGUGCCAUAUCUUAACUGCUGUUUUACACCAUUUAUUUUCUAUUCAUUAAAGAGAGACAGCAUUACAUCUGAAAUGUAUAGUAAGAUACAUACAGCCAUCUCCAUGUCUGAAAAGAAAUCUGACAAUUUUUGAUUUUGAAGUGCACUCUGACAAUAAUGGCUGUCACGGUGUCUCCCUCUAUGUAGGCCAGUCAGGACCAUAUAGGUCACACAGACACAGAGAAGUGGCUUAGCAGUAAGUCAUGUUAAUAGACAGUCAAGUUGCAUUUUACCAGGGCUGGAUCCUAGUUUGAGAGCAGCAUGUGUGUUUGAAUGUUAGUUUCUCACUGAUCUAAAGCCCAGCCAAAUGCACAUGAAUCUCAAGGCAGGAUUUCAUCAUCAUGUAAUAGUAUCAUGUCAAAACAUAUCCAUCUUCAGGUGUUCAAAGCUGUUAAUAGCAAAAGUAUUCCUUUAAAGAAACUGAAAAUGGACACUUGAAAAUAAAUUACUUUGGACUAAGUAGUUCAUCAGAGAACAAAACCAAUAAAGUAUGACGAGAUGAAACAAAGAAAUCCUCAGAUUCGCAAACGCUGUGCGUUUGUCAGACCUAUUUUUUAUUAUUUUAUAAGCAUCAGUCAACUAGGCAUUAAAGCAACUUACUGUAUAAAUUAUGCAGAGUUAUUUUCAUAUGUGACACAGUAUUAAAAAGUCAAGAGAAUUAAUACGAGUUGACCUCGGUCAAAAAUGCAAACCUUUUAAGUCCAUUUCUGCUAAGUAGUUUGUUCAGCAUUUUAAGCGUUUUUAUAUCUGUACAUUUGGGCAAUACAUUUUAACAUUUUUUUUGUUUUCUUGUUAUUGUUAUUAUUUCUGAAAUUCAAUUUGUAACAUCCUAAGUGCCUUUACGUGCACAAGAUAUUUUCUAGUAUUCCCAAAACCACAAAUGCCUGCUUAAAUCAUAAUCCAAUAACCAGGGAUUCCUUUACUCUAUAAGCAACAUGUGAUUAUGGCGGUUCUUUUCCACUGUUAAUCACUUUUGAUGCCAAAUAGCCCUGGAAUUGGUCGCUUUUCCUGUGCAUUAAAGAAUUUCAGGUAUUUUAUGCAAAAUAAUACAAACAGUAUUCAUAUCCACAACAAGCUUCUCCUGAAGUUUUAUAGCUUUAAAUGAACAAAUAAAAAGGGAACAUGUAAUUUGUAGCAUAAAGAAAUUAUUCUAAUGGACCCUUAACUUCCAUGUUUCACAAGCAUUAUCAAUGAAAAGGGAUCUGUGCUACUUCGUAUAUGCAAUGUAUUUUGGAUAUCAAAUAUAUAUAUAUAUAUGUGUAUAAUUUUACAAUUAACCAGUGUAUUAUUAUUAUUGUCAUUCCUGCAAUGUAUGAAGUAAUACCUUUUGAAAAAGGGCUUUUGUAUAGGAAAAUGUGACAAAAUAAAUGUUUUUACCUCUCAA